GGCUCAUUUCGGCUCAGCUGUGCGGACUGAUGUCCAGGCUUUGACGAGACCAGGCGCGAUGGCGGGCCCCGACAGGGCUAUGCUGGCCCAGCGCAUCCAGGGGUUCGGCAAUGUGAACCCGCCCCCCCUGGAGGAAGAGACCGGCGCCAACAUGGCCAAGAAAGUGAUGGGACGCUUAGGCGACAUGGUGGGCGAAGAAGUCAUGCUGACCGUUGAGGACUUCAAAGAGAAGGGUGCGGUGGGUGCGGUGAAAGAUGCCGUGGCCGAUGCCGGGGACAUCCUCAUUGAUGGCGUCUCAGGCAUCUUUGGAUGGAUCCGUGGGGACCCCCCACCAGAGGAGGACACCGAGAAGUCAGAGGAUGCCACCAAAGCCUUGGCGUUCGGCCCCAACGGUGCUGCCUAUGGCAUCUCGCAGGCAUCUCCUACUGGCGGCAUCAAUGCUGUUUGGGUGAUGCCGGAGGAGGCGGACCCGGCCGCGAUGGCCCAACUGGCCUCGCAGGGAGUCCGCCCUGUGAACGCUGUAAACGACCCGCGCGUGCCAAAGAACAUCCAGCCCUACCAACCCACCGGCGCUUCGAGAGCAGCGCCGGCUCCGAGCUACAACCCCAUGCAGAUGCCAGGUGGCCCCGUCAUUGCCCCGUACACUCCAGCGCCCGGGGGGCCCACGCGACCGCCGCCCUUCGUGCCGGGCGGGGCAGCAUAUGGAAGCGGCCCAGGACCACAGGGUCCGAGUCGCUGGGGGCCGAGCGGCUACAGCGCAGGCUCCAGCAGCACGCCGCCCGCCGCCUCGGGCGCAAAAAGCUUGGUGGAGCGCAUCUCAAAGGGAGAUGUGCUCGUGGGGCCAGAUGUCGCCAAGAGAUUGGUGUCGCAAUGCAAUCACUCCAAGACCACUGCGAAGCAGUUGGCGGAGAUGGUGUGCGAGAGAUCACGACGCUUAUACCUCGGCUUGGACGGCGACCCAGUGGAGGCCGACGCCUCGCUGGCGAGGCUGCUGCACUUGACAGAUGUAUUGAACCAGAGUGAGUCCUCCGAAUUUGUGAAGACUACCGUUCAGGAGGUCAAGAAAGGUGUGGCAGAGGAGUUCAUGUCUUUGCGAAGCAGCGCUAAGCACAAGGACUCGGCCACUGCUCAGCUCCAACGUUUGGGCUUCUUGGGCAAUGUGGCCGUCCAGGAAACGGACCUUUUGGGUGGCGGUGGCGGUGGCGGCGGCGCGUCAGCUUCGCAGGAGGUUGAUCUUCUUGGUGAAGCUAGUACGUCGACACCAAGCGCAUCCGCACCCACUACAUCAGCGGAUUUGCUGGGUGGAAUGGACAGUCAACGGCUUCCAGCACAUGAUGUGCUGGAUCUGCAUUCUGGCCCGCAUGCCCCAGGCUUCAGCUCUCUCCUUGGUAUCUCCUUGGAUGUGGAGCCGGCAUCGCCCGCACCGGUGGCGCCUGCACCUGCUAAGACAGGCAGCAGCGCGCCGGGCACCUUGGGUGCCGGGGCGGUGCUUCCGAAGGACAGCGAGAAGGAAGACAUCUUCGGUUUUGUUGGCGCGGAGAUGUUCAAGGCCAACAAAAAAUGAUGCUCCAAGUACCUUGCGGCUACCCAGAUCGCAACGUGUUCCUUAAAAUGAG